GUCUCUCUCUCUAUCUAUCUCUCUCACAUCGUCGAAACCAACAUUAUUAGCAGAAGAGGACACAAGAAGCAGAGGAAGAAGAAGAAGCAGAAGCAGAAGCGAGAGAGAGCAGCUCUACAUCUCCACAAAUAUAAGCGCAAGCAUACAGACACUCACAGGCUUUUUUUAUCGGAGCACUUAUCUUCCACCGUGGCUCAGUUAGUUUCGAUGGAAGUUGUUAUCCGGAAGAUGAAUCUGAACUUCAAGGAGACCGAGCUGUGCCUUGGGUUGCCCGGCGGGGCUGCUUUGACGACCGAGCCGGAGAUCUGUACCCCUAAGGCUACCGGAAAGAGAGGUUUCUCCGAGACAGUUGAUCUCAAGCUCAACCUUCAUGCCAACGAAGGUUUGAUGAAUGAGAGUGUCAAAAAUGUUUCUUCCAGGGAGAAAAACCUUCCCUGCAUUAAGGAUCCAGCCAAACCACCUGCCAAGGCACAAGUUGUGGGUUGGCCACCAGUUCGCUCCUUCAGAAAGAACGUUAUGGCGCAGAAGAGCACCGGCGAGGAGAGUAGUACUACUACUGAGAAGGCUGCAUUCGUGAAGGUUUGCAUGGAUGGUGCACCUUACCUUCGUAAGGUAGAUUUGAAGAUGUACAAGAGCUACAAGGAGCUGUCUGAUGCCUUGUCCAAGAUGUUCAGCUCCUUCACCACAGGUUACUACGGGGCCCAAGGAAUGAUAGACUUCAUGAAUGAGAGCAAGCUGAUGGAUCUGCUGAACAGUACUGAGUAUGUGCCAACCUAUGAAGAUAAGGAUGGAGACUGGAUGCUUGUGGGUGAUGUUCCAUGGGAGAUGUUUGUUGAUUCAUGCAAGCGAUUGCGAAUAAUGAAAGGAUCAGAAGCAAUUGGACUUGCUCCAAAAGCGAUGGAGAAAUGCAAGAACAGAAGCUGAUCGAUCAAGAUCAAUCGACCAGAAAUAUUUGAUUAUUAAGUGCUGCAUGUUCUGCGGAUCAAGCAGCCUGGUGUUCUUUGGAAGUGUCUGUAUUUUAUGUCAUGAUGAAGAUGGUAUAUAGAUAGUAAUUAAAGAUUGCUGAAUAUCUGUAAUCGACAAGAAGCAAUAAACUUAACCUAGUGUCUCUGCCUUGUUUAUCGCCAAUGGCUUUCUUUAUAAUUCCCCCCAA